AUGAAAGUCCUCAGUCUCUUCUUUACCUUCUCCUACGCUCUCGACGAGAUGUUGCUCAUGAUGAUGAUGCAACAGCAACAGCAAGUCGCUCCUGGCCAAACUUCUCAGAUGAACAACCUUCUUCCUCUCCUUCUGAUGGACUCCGACAGCGGACAGACUAAGUGCGAGCCCGAAGCUGUCUACGUUCAGCCUGAGCCCGAAGUCGUCUACGUCCAGCCUGAACCAGAAGUGCAGACUGUUUUCCGAACCUGGAGAGUCAACGCUGAUGGCACUCGAGAACUCAUCGAAGAAACCACCGAAUAA